AUGAUUAUGAUGGAGCCAGUUGAUUCUCAAUCUCCGCUGCUGUCAACUGACCAGAUCCUGCGAGCAAUUGAUCAACAUUCGUCGGAGCUUGCCCUCAUCCUCCUUCCAGGAAUACAGUUCUACACAGGCCAGUAUUUUGACAUGCAAAGAAUAACUGUACACGCGCAUUCUCACGGAAUUCUCAUUGGUUGGGACUGUGCGCACGCGGUUGGGAAUAUCGAUCUUCAAUUGCAUGAAUGGGAUGUGGACUUCGCUGCCUGGUGUACUUAUAAGUACCUCAAUUCGGGACCUGGUGCAAUGGCUGGAAUUUUUGUAAAUGAAAGAUUCGGCAAAGUCGACAUGGAGAACACAACCCAAAAGUUUUGGCCCCGUCUCUCUGGCUGGUGGGGAGAUGACAAGAGUAGCCGGUUCCAAAUGACCAAUCAAUUCUUUCCUCGUCCAGGCGCAGCUGGAUUUCAGCUCUCCAAUCCUAGCGCCCUCGACUUGUCUGCAGUUGUUGCGUCCUUGCAGAUAUUCAACGAAACCUCGAUGAAGGAUUUGCGACAAAGAUCCAUUAGACUAACAAACUAUCUGGAACAACUGCUUGACCACUUGCGACAGAAAGUGCCAGGCUCGUAUGAGAUCAUCACACCCAGGACCUCUCAAGAGCGUGGUGCUCAGAUAAGUAUUCGCCUUGCUCCUGGAUUACUCGAUCAUGUACUCGAGAUUUUGGAGGGCGAAGGUGUCAUCGUUGACGAAAGAAAACCCGACGUCAUAAGAGUCGCUCCUACUCCUUUGUACAACACUUUCGUUGAUGUGUGGCAAUUCUGCAAAGUCUUAGAAGGAGCACUGAUAAAGGCAGCGGAGGCGAAAUAG